UACCCACCGCCGCCGAGCCCCGGGCUCCCGGCCCCGUACCGGCACCGCGAUGGACCCCUGCUCCUCGCUCUUCAGCUACGUGUUAAUGCACUUGUUCGUCCUCUGCCUGCAAGCCCAGGUAACUGUUCAGUCCCCACCUAAUUUUACACAGCAUGUGAGGGAGCAGAGCCUGGUGACGGAUCAGCUCAGCCGGCGGCUUGUCCGUACCUACCAGCUGUACAGCCGGACCAGUGGGAAACAUGUGCAGAUCUUGGACAACAAGAAAAUCAAUGCGAUGGCAGAAGAUGGGGAUGUGCACGCUAAGCUCAUCGUGGAGACAGACACCUUUGGAAGCCGUGUGCGCAUCAAAGGGGCAGCCACAGGUUUCUACAUCUGCAUGAACAAGAAAGGGAAGCUGAUUGGCAAGAGCAACGGGAAAGGCAAGGACUGCGUCUUCACGGAGAUUGUUCUGGAGAACAACUACACAGCCCUGCAGAACGCCAAGUACGAGGGCUGGUACAUGGCCUACCGCAAGGGCCGCCCGCGCAAGGGCUCCAAGACGCAGCACCAACGGGAGGUUCACUUCAUGAAGAGGCUUCCCAAGGGCCACCAGACCACCGAGCCCCACAGACGCUUUGAGUUCCUCAACUACCCCUUCAAUCGAAGAAGUAAAAGGACUAGAAACUCCAGCUCCAGGGUGGGCCCUUGA